ACCGUCCCCGGGAGGCUCCCCUCCGCCCGCUCCUCCUCCUGCUCCUCCUCCUGCUCCUCCUGCUGCCGCCGGCACUGGCCGACCGCCCCCGGGACCAGCCUGAUACGCACCAUCGACCGAUUAAUGUCACCCCGCUUGCGGUGUCAUUCCCCCACCUGAGCUCUUCACUGGUGCCGCCGACAUGGCCUUCUUUGGAAAUGAAGUCUUCUUCAUCUCCGGGCCAUACGAAGGGCCCGAGAGGACCGGUGCCCGAAAAUGCCAGCUUGCUCCGGAUAAUACAAGCGUCUCUGGCUAGCACCCAUCCCCGAGCCAGGGCACGUCCCCGUUUCCCCCACACCUUCUACCAAGGUAGUGGAAACAACGCGCCCCAGGAGUCUUUCAGGAGUUCCACUGAGUCCCUGGAGCAGCCAAGACGAGAGGAUGAAGCCACUGAUGUUUCAGAAUCAACUGCAAUCAACUCUGACUAUAGCGAAAGCACAGCUAAACCCCCAGAUACCAUCUCUUCCCUGAUCAUCAGUAAACUGAGCUCAAAUUCGCUGCGAAAGCAUCAGGAUUCCACAGGUGAAACCCAUCUGGAUUUUUCUGGCUCUGCAAUUAUGAGGCAUUCUAGAAUAGUCUCAGUGUCCUCUUCGGCAUCCCCUGGAUCGGAGCCACCAGUAGCAUCCACAGCAUCCGUCCUGACAUUAGGAAGAUCCACUCCAAUGCCAUCUGUCCCGUCUGCAGCUUUAGUAUCAAAGGACGUUGAAGACAGCCCUUCUGCUCUCAUGUCAAUAUUGCCUAAGAGCCCACUGACUCCCGUUCUAGCUAAAAAUGACACUCCCGACUUCAUGAUCAGUUCUCAAAUUCCAUUAUCUACCCCAUAUUCAAAAGUCCCACAUCCCUCCUUCCGUUUCACACCUCCUCAUACAUCUGUAAUAGAGACACACACUGCGGCGGCACAACGAAACACUCAAGAGGACACAGUCCCAUCUUCCACACUGCUGUCCACAACCCAUCAUCCCAGAAACUCACACGACAUGCUCAUCGAUGCCCAGAGUCUCGCCAACGCAGAAACAUCUACCGCACACCCCCUGACUAUCACAGCGGCCCUCACCUCCAUUAUAGGGUCAGCGAGGGCCACUAGGUUCCCUCCUACACCGACGGGAGACACAUCUGCUGUUCUGACACCCGCUUCCCCCAAGGUGAGCCCACCUGGAAGAGUGAUUUCCGGCUUGGAAUGCCAGAUGUCCACAAAGCUCAUGGUGAAAACGGUACUAUCCCUGACUCAAAGGAGGGUGCAGAUUGAUUCCUUCAAACAAAAUGUAGCCAAGGGACUCUCACAGGCAUUGCAGCAUGCUUUCCACCAGAGUGAUGUCAGUGCUCACGUGGAAAUUCUGGAACUGGCUCACAACGUGACGGUGGGCUACUACGUGACUAAGGGGAAGCUGAUCUACACGCCAGCUGCUGUGGUUGACAGCCUCCUCGCUUACGGCAUCAGCAAUGCCACGGCGGACCUGAAGCGGCACACCCCAAACCUCCACUCCAUGCCAGUGCUGGCCUUGCCCUGGAGCCCCCAGCCCGCCUGCCAUUUCCGACUGAAAACAGUGCUUCAGUUUGUGAGUCAAACAGACAAUAUACAGUCCUGCAAGUUUGUUCAGACAAUGGAGCAAAGGCUACAGAAAGCUUUUCAGGAUGCAGAGAGAAAAGUCCUCAACACAGGUAGCAAUUUGACAGUUCAGAUUUUGAACACCUCCAGUGCCGCACAGACAGUCACCCUGUUCUACGUGGUGAAGAAUCAGAGCCUGCUUCUCAAUGGCACGGUUUCCAGCAGCCUCCUAAACCAGCUGUCCGCAGAGCUGGUGGGCUUCUAUCUCACCUACCCUCCUCUGACCAUCGCUGAGUCUUUGGAAUACCCAAACCUCGAUGUGUCUGAGACGACUAGAGACUACUGGGUCAUUACAGUUCUGCAAGGGGUGGACACGGCCUUGGUCGGACUGCAAAACCAGAGUUUCGCCAGGGUGAUGGAGCAGAGGCUGGCCCAGCUGUUCAUGAUGUCUCAGCAGCAGGGAAGACGGUUUAAACGAGCCACCACCCUGGGCAGUUACACGGUUCAGAUGGUGAAGAUGCAGCGCCUCCCCGGACCCAAGGAUCCCGCCGAGCUGACAUAUUACACUCUGCACAAUGGGAAACCACUGCUGGGGACAGCGGCCGCCAAAAUUCUCAGCACCAUCAACUCCCAGAGGAUGGCUUUGACCCUGCACCAUGUUGUCCUUCUGCAGGCUGACCCUGUGGUAAAGAACCCUCCCAACAACCUCUGGAUCAUCGCUGCCAUCUUGGCGCCCAUCGCAGUGGUCACGGUGAUUAUCAUCAUCAUCACGGCUGUGCUCUGCAGGAAGAACAAAAAUGACUUCAAGCCAGACACCAUGAUGAAUUUGCCUCAAAGAGCCAAACCUGUUCAAGGCUUUGAUUAUGCUAAGCAACAUUUGGGACAGCAGGGGGCUGAAGAUGAGGUUGUGCCCGUGACCCAGGAGACAGUUAUCUUACCCUUACCAGUUCGGGAUGCUCCUGCCUCUCAGGAAAGAGACGCCCCCCCAGAUGGAAGCACCAUUAAGACCAUCAAGUCCACGGAAACCCGAAAGAGGUCGCUGAGUGAGAACAGCUCCGGGAUCAGCAACGAGUCUGGAAAGCCGGGGUCAGUGAGGCUGUCUCCCCACGAUGGAACGGCCCAGCCCAAAGCAACGAAAGAGGAGGCGAGAACGCGAGAUGUGCCAGUGAGUGAUGAAGAGGAAGAAGUGGUUCUCUUUGACAGUGGAGCUCAAGCCACUGCCGAUCCAUUCGACACGUCUUCUGGAUCUGUGCAGCUGAUUGCAAUCAAGCCAGUAGCCUUCCCUCCUGCCCAUCCUGCAUCAGAGAGGAGCCAGGAGUCUGCUGUCAUUAACGGGGAGGUUAACAAAGCCCUAAAGCAGAAGUCUGAUAUUGAGCACUAUCGCAACAAGCUGCGUCUCAAAGCCAAGAGGAAAGGAUAUUAUGAUUUUCCCCAGGUGGAGAGUAAUAAGUGCCUGUCGGAGAGAAACAAGAUGUAUGAAAAAACCCAGAAGGGACUGGAUCAAGUGUUGGAUCUGGAGGGAGAAGCGCGGCCUCCAUUUGUGGAGCCUAAAAGCAGGCAACAGACGAAGAACUCUGUGUACCGAAGCCGACAGUCUUUGAACAGUCCGAGUCCAGGGGAGACCGAGAUGGAUCUUUUAGUGACAAGGGAGAGACCUCAGCGCGGGAUCCGGAACAGUGGCUAUGAUACCGAACCUGAGAUUAUAGAAGAAACGAACAUUGACCGUGUCAAUGAGUCUCGGGGCUUCAUGAGAUCUCGCCAGGUUAAAGGCCACUCGGAGACCUCAACUCUGAGCUCCCAGCCGUCCAUCGACGAAGUCCGCCAGCAGAUGCACAUGUUGCUGGAAGAGGCGUUCAGUCUGGCUUCCGCCGGCCACGGAGGGCAGAACCGGACCCAAGACCCUUACAGCUCAGCCCAGCACUUACCGUAUUCGGAGGUGGUGACCAGCGCCCCGGGCACCAUGACCCGAGCAAGGGGUGGGGUGCAGUGGGUGCCCACGUACAGGCCCGAAAUGUACCAGUACAGUUUGCCGCGGCCGGCUUACAGGUUUUCUCAGCUUCCCGAGAUGGUUAUGGGGUCCCCCCCGCCCCCCGUUCCUCCCCGGACUGGUCCCGUGGCCGUGGCAUCUCUCAGAAGGUCGACUUCAGACAUCGGCAGCAAGACGAGAGUGUCCGAGCCCAGUGGGCCGGAGCAGGCCCAGAUGCACGAUGGGGCGCCAUUUGUCCCGGUUUCAAGAAGCCCGGUCUCCGUGGCCCCUCUGGAUCAGUCCGCUUUAAACUACUCAGGUAAUACCGUACCAGCGGUGUUUGCCAUCCCAUCUGCACAUCGCCCUGGGUUCACAGGCUACUUCAUCCCAACGCCCCCCGCGUCCUACCGGAACCAGGCCUGGAUGGCAUACCCGGGAGAGAAUGAACUACCGGGACAGUGGGCUGACUCGGUUCCCCUCCCCGGAUACAUCGAGGCUUACCCGCGGUCACGCUACCAACAGAACUCCCCUUCAAGAUUGCCCCGUCAGUACAGCCAGUCGACCAACCUCCACCCGAGCCUGGAGCAGCCUCCGCUGCCCUCCAGUGCCGCCUCUCAGCAGAGUCUGGCGGAAAACCCUUCUGCCGACACCCCUCUGACCAACAUUUCCACGGCAGCUCUGGUGAAGGCCAUCAGGGAGGAGGUCGCCAAACUGGCCAAGAAACAAACCGACAUGUUCGAGUUCCAGGUCUAAGGGGUCGGAGAAGGUCAGGUGACCGAAGGAAGGAUGCUUCAUCUCCUCGGUUCCGGAACAUCAUGCCGGAACUCCAUCCAGAUGGGGAAUCGAGCCCUGGAUCCAGGUUCUCCGUUCAGACCUGUUGGGAUUUGUGAGGGGAGCAAGGUGGAGGUUAGUCUUUCCCACUUCCUGAAAAGUGGAACAAUUGGGUACCUGUGAAACUGAGGGAACUCUCGAACACCAGACCUCUUUUCGCAUUUGGUCCCGCAAGCUGGGACCAAGAUCUACCCGGCAACAGGAAUUAUACAUUAGAUACUCCUAAGAGGUGAAUUUGUGGUCUCUUAGAAAACUUUGUCACAAGAGAAACGACUCAACAGAUUUCUGUCCAAGGACACAUGUGGUACAUUAUCAGAGGGAAAGAAGUAGUUUGGUCUACAAGUCCUCUGCAUGUUGAAGCUAUAUUUCUGUGAUAAAAAGCAAUGCGGUAGUGCUUUGGACUGUAUUCCCAUUCAGUAGUGAUUGUAAUGCUAGUUUAAGUCAUUUCAGGACUCUGUAAAUGGGGAACCGAAUCUAGCCAAGUGACUUCGGCCCUUUUCUUUUCAAGAUCAUGUUUAAGGCCAAUUUGACGAGAAGCCCUAAUAUAAAUAGUCGCCCAACUGUAAAUAGUCCCAACUCUUUAUCCCACCGAAUAUACAAAAGAGAGAAAGCAGAGAGGAUGGCGGAGAGGGUCGAUUGUUUUGGGAUAAUUGGCAUCUACGGGAUUUGUAAAGUCCCUUGUUGAGUGACAAGAAAACGUGUUGGCACUUUGGAGAGGGCCAACACCCCAGAAGAGCAAAUCCAGAGGGACUGGAUGUCAAAAAGCUUUCGGAACCUGAUGAUUGAAAAACAGUUAUAUGAGUCUGUUUUCUUUGCCCUGAAUUGAAACGAGCCCGAGAAACCAGCAUCUCUCUUUUUCCUGCAGCAGCAAGUAAAUCUCCUCUUACGAGGAAACCUCUGUUUAGUGUGGAGCUUUCUAACUCUCUCCAACAAUUAAGUCCAGGUAAUGCUGCCAAGAGGUGAAGACUUAUGGGCAGGGAAUGUGUCUGUUUAUUAUUAUAUUGUACUCUCCCAAGUGCUUAGUGCAGUGCUUGGCACCCAUUAAGCGCUCAAUGAAUGUGAUUGAAUCAAUGAAUGAAUGAAUGACAUACAUGGGAGAAAUGGCUAGACUGUAUCUGCGAUUAAAUGAGCACUUAAAUUCUCACCCUGGGCUUAGAGGAACGAUCUGUUGUAGGAAUAUGUUGAAUUAGGUUAAAAGGUAAGUGAGUGAAUUUAAUGAACUAAUGGACUAAUGUCUAUGGGACUGAACUUUUUUUGCCAAAUACCACAGAUGGGAUGAGCUAAUGUAACGAUGCCUUUUUCACCACUCUUGGAGAAUGCAGCCUCCUCUCGAAGAGUUGAGGGAUAUUAGGAAAACUGCUCAAAAUGAAAUAAAUACAUAAAUAAAAACCAAUCCUGGACCAAGUGGGACGCUUUUAGGCCAUUCAAGCGAUUUAUGAACUAAAGAACGGAGAGCAAGAGAAGGGAGAAAGGGGCAGUUGGACUCAUAAGAUGUGAGUUGAGGUUAAUGGGGAAUAUCAUUUUCAACAUUCACAUGUUCUCUCUCAAUGGUGUAUGCUGAUUGCCUGAUCUGAUCAUUCCAUUCUCCUAUUGAGUUUCUUUGGUCUUUACUGAUAUGAGGAAGGAAAGAUAGGUUUAGCUUUUUUGGUCAGUUUUUAACCCGGAGGGGCUAGGAGCAGUACUGAUUGGAAUAGAAGGGCCAAAAUGUCAAAGCACAGACUUUUCAAACAUAUAUUUUUUCAGAGCCGAAAGCCCAUUCUAGAGAGACUAGAACUGUGCCAUGGACUAUUCAAAGGUGGUCCUUACUUAGAUGACAUUAAAUAUUGAAAAACCUUCUGGUAUGCUGGUUGAUCUCUCAAAAUGUGAGAUUUUUGGUAUUUAAAAAAGUCAGAUAUAAAUAAAAUGUAUUUUUAUAAUCUCCACGUGUAUAUACUGUAUAUUUCUAUCAGUAGCCAGUGUGCUAAGGACCGAGAACAAAAGUCAACUCACAAAACAUUCUAUCCAGAGCAAGUAUUUAAUGUGUCAAUCAACUCUUAAUGUCUAAGUCUAUAAACAAUUUGAAGAAAUAAACUAAUUUGAAUGAAUAAAGAACCAAAGAAACUCAACCUUUCUUAAAGGUGGCGUUGGUCUGAUAAAGUCAUUGUAUUGUCCCAGGUGUUUAUCAAUGCCAAUUCCAUCAUACAAGUAGUCGAUCCAAAGGCCUCUCUUUAGGUUAAAAUAGGCAUCAGCGCAGUUGAAAUUGGAUCUCUGAGCUGCAGACAUUGUGCACGUUAUAUAAGCUCCAUUUGCUUUAAAUUUGUCAUAGUGGAAAUCUCCCAAGUUCAUUCACUCACAUAUCUGGUUUUUUUUCACUCCGCUAGAAAACAUCCCUGCAUUUUCUCCCCAGCGGCAUUUGAAGGUCUGUAUUCAAAAUGACUUCUCAUUUCUACUAUGUUUUGGCCAUUUGGAAGAAGUAGAUAAAAAUAACAGGAGAUAAAGUAGGAAUGUUCUUGGAAAUGUUCUAAUGUUCACCCUUCUGAGCACAAUGCAUGAAGUAAUGCAGAUGUGGUCUACAGCCUUUACAGUGUAAUAAACGUUUUGUACAGCGGUA